CAAUAAAAAUUGUGCAUGAUAUAAUUUACCCAACUACAAGCCUUCAGGUAAUACAAUCGGUCCCUUCAUAAUGGCCGCUAAUCCGGAACCGAGACACCGUGAACUGCUACGAACGGAGACCCGCUGGGAUAGACAGCGACAGCGAAAGGCCGAACUGGACGUGAACCGUGCCGGUCUCGGAGAACUGCUGCAGGAGGUUCAACAAAUCGAAAACGUCACCGCUCAGGAGAUCAAGGGCCUUGCGUCCAGGAUCAAACGUCGCAAGCAUGCCGAUACAAAGGAUUUGGUCAAACUCAGCUACGGAUUCCAGCAAAGUGCGGAGAACAUUUCCGAAUUCGUUAGAAUAACCGGUGCCAUCAAUGUACUGGUUAAGGAGUUUACCGGUCACGAUUCGGACUUGCAGCUACUGGCCGGGGAGUGCCUGUGUAAUUUGACCCUCGGUGAUGAUGUUUGCUGUGAGAAGGUGGCCAACUUUGCUGGAACGUAUCUGAUCACAUUUAUGGAGAAUGUGAACAACAGGCGAUUGAAUCAUCUUUGUGUAUGGACGAUACAGAACAUCAUCUCAUCCGGGAAGAAAUCUAUGCAAAUUCUGCAUUCACAGGGAGUUACGGCUUCUUUGGGUCAUCUAUUUGAUGUAACUGAAGACAGCGAACUACUCACAGAAAUCCUAUUAGCUAUUAGCUUGAUAUUAGAUUACGACGAUCAAUUUAUAAGCAAGGAACAUAUACUGGCCAACCUACUACCUCUAACAACCACGAAACCCCCUCAAACUGGAACUUUGAAAUUGUUUUACCAAGGCCUUACACUUACAAACUUCGAAACACUGGAUCCAUCAACAGCCCCUCAGAUAAUUGAGCGCUGUUUAAAUUUUUUGGCAUCAACUUCCCAUGAGAACACGGAGAAUCAUCUCGGAAUUCUGCUAAGCAUUCGAAUCUUAGCCAACCUGCUGGCCAAGAAUGAUAGCAAUGCAGAAUUGCUACUGCAGGAAUGCCAGAUGCUGCAUCUUAAGUUUAGUCAUAUUUUCAAUCUGUACGACGAAAACGGUUAUGAUGAAUUGUGUAGAGAAAUGCUAUGGCUAUUGGGGAACGCGUACAAAACGGUCUCCAGCCAACUGCGGGAGCAAUACUUGCAGUACGAUAACUUCGUCGAUGGGUUGAAUGUUCCCAAAGCACUUCUAAUGGGUUAAGUUAUCGUUGAUUGGA